CAAUAAAACUAAAGAAAAAGAUGCAGCAGCAGCCCGAGCCCGAGAGGAGCAGAGAGCUCGUGCAGCAGGAAGUGUGAGAGAGGAGGGAAGACCACUUAGAGAGAACAAUGGGAGUAGAAGUUGAGACCAUAAGACCAGGAGACGGAAAGACUUUUCCGAAGAAAGGACAGAAUGUGUCCGUGCACUACGUUGGUACGCUGACAAAUGGAAAGAAGUUUGACUCCUCCAGGGAUAGAGGAGACCCCUUCAAAUUCAAAAUUGGACAGGGUCAAGUCAUUCGUGCUUGGGAUGAGGGUGUAGCUCAGAUGAGCGUUGGCCAGGUGGCCAAGCUGACCUGCUCGCCGGACUAUGCAUAUGGCGCUAAAGGAUACCCACCCGUCAUCCCAGGAAAUUCCACUCUCAUCUUUGAAGUGGAGCUGCUGGGUGUUUGUUGAAUUUAAAGGUUACUUUUCACAGUUUCUCAUUCCACCAACAUCUGACAUAAAAUAAUUUUAAUUAAAGGUGCUGUCGGUAGCAUUUAAAAACAUGAAUAAAUCAUUCUGGAAAGAAUUCUGAUAUCUUGGUAUUAUUAAGACAAAUUAGACUGAAUUCUGGUGGUAUUGUUGGUGCUAAAAUGACACCUGGAUUAAAAAAAAAAGUAAAUAAAUAGUAUGACUUUUUUUCUUCAAAAUAUGCUUAUUUCUUCCAAGGUUUAUGUGGCCUCCAUUUUUACAUUUGUCUGAUAAAUCUUUGACUUGUUCUUCAGCUGUUGGAUAGCACAUCAGAUACAUAAUGGAAUAACGGCAAUAGACAAACUAACGUUAAAAUUCUUUAAAAUACAUUUCUUUUGUGCCAUAAAACAAUCUUAACCGAAUGGAUCGCCUAAUCUGAACCAGUGGCACUAAACCUGCACAGAACAUCUUGUUCAUAUGUGGUUAUUCCUCUGUCUUAACAAUUAGUGUGAAACUGAUUUUUAAUGUCAAAAAUGCACAUGAAACACCUUUUUAAUGAAAAGCUUGCUUGUUUGUUUUUUGCAUAAAUGUAUUCAAAAGGUGCAUUGAGUUGAUGCCUUGAAACUUUGACAAUAAACAGUAAUAAGACGCUUA